UUUUUAAGCUUCCAGUAUUUACAGAAUCUGAUAGUAAUUAAUUAUCCUACCUCAGAGCUGGUGCCAUGUGUUAGUUCAGAUCUGCCUCAGUUAUUCUGGGCAGUGAGUUAAAUCCUAGUCAGAUGAGAAGCGCAGUGCUUCCUGCUUGCGCCUGAAGGGCCAGCAGAUUAAAGAGUUGUGUUUAGGGACAAGGUCUUCUGAUUUCACACUUUUUUAUUUGAUUAACUCCACUCUUCAGUCUAUAAUCAAUGGAAUGCAGUAAGCAAACUAUUACAGGAUCAUCGACAGUGGGAGACUUGACAGCAAAUCACAAGCUGCCCAGCUGGACACUGUUUCUGGCUGUUUGUGCUGUUGGAAUUGGAGGGACAUUUCAAUAUGGAUAUAAUGUUUCCAUUAUCAAUGCACCCACCAGGCACAUCCACAAAUUCCUAAAUGAAACUUGGAGCAGUCGCUAUCAGAUGGAACUGAAUCCAAACUUGCUGACUCUCCUCUGGUCUGUCAUUGCUUCCAUAUUUUCCCUUGGAGGUCUGUGCGGAGCUUACAUCGGAGGCAGCAUAGCGAUUAGAUUAGGCAGAAAAGGAGCUCUUCUGGUGAACAAUUUCAUAGCGAUACUGGCCUCCAUUUUAAUGGGGAUCAGUUUUCCAACAGGAUUGUUUGAGUUAUUGAUGGCUGGCAGAUUUUUGAUUGGCGUAAACACAGGUGUUGGCAUCUGUGUGCAACCACUCUAUAUAGGGGAGAUUGCCCCAAAACAUCUCCGAGGUGCUAUGGCCAUGGGCAGUUCCAUAUUUUUGACUGGAGGAAUUCUGACAGGACAAAUAAUUGGUCUAAGGGAAUUAUUUGGUGGAGAAAAGUAUUGGCCUUUCUUGCUUUCCAGCAGCUGUUUCCCAGCAUUAGCCCAACUAUUCUUUCUCCCAUGGUUUCCUGAAAGUCCCAGGUACCUUCUUAUUGAUAGAGGGGAUGAGAUGAAAUGCACCAAGGCUUUGAAGCGUUUUCAUGGGCCCUUGCACUACCAGGAGGAGAUGGAAGAUAUACAGAGAGAAUGUUUUGCCUUAAAUGGGGAGAAACCCAAGAAACCAUGGCAACUAUUCAGUGAUCGCAGUGUAAAGUGGCAGCUCAUUACUGUGAUUGUGAUGACUAUGGGCCAGCAGCUCAGUGGGAUAAAUGCUAUUUAUUUCUAUGCAAGUUACAUUUUUAAACAAGCUGGGAUCCCUGCAGAAAAAAUUCCAUAUGUUACUCUGGGCACGGGAGCUUGUGAAUGCCUCACAGCCCUCACUUGUGGUUUGCUGAUUGACUACAUGGGAAGAAGACUGCUCAUCAUUGGAGGAUACACCCUGAUGACCUUUUGGUGCAUAGUGUUAACAUUCUCCCUGACGUAUCAGGAGCUGUAUCCCUGGGUGCCUUAUUUGAGCAUGGCAUCUAUAUUUGCUUUCAUCCUGAGCUUUGGGUUAGGUCCAGGUGGUAUAACAAAUACACUGACAGCUGAAUUAUUUACACAGUCUUCACGGCCUGCUGCUUACAUGAUAGGAGGAUCUGUUAGCUGGCUGAGUUUCUUCACAAUAGGAAUGCUCUUCCCCUUUAUAGUGAAUGGACUGAAGCAGUAUUGCUUUGUGGCGUUUUUACUGGAAAGCUUGUUGGUUGCCAGUUUCAUCUUCUUUGUCAUUCCCGAGACAAAAAACAAAUCUUUUCUGGAAAUCAAGCGAGAAUUUCAACACCUUAACUUCAGAGGAAGAAUCAAAGAGAAGGAAGCAGAGCUAUGUGAAAGAAGACAGCUCUGCAAUGAAUGUUAGAGUGCACUUUACAUUUCACAGGGGUAAGGCAGCCACAUUAAUGGGAAUUAUACACAUAUGCUCCCAUAUAUUGAGAAAAAUAGUGUUAAGGAAUGUAUUCAAAGAUAGCUUGUUAUAUCAUCAGGUUAAACUUAUUUAAAAGGUAGAUUAAUCUUGCUGGAAUAUCAAAAUACUGCAUUUUAUGUACACAUACAGUACUGCCUACAAGAAAGACUCAAUUUAGUAAAAAUGUUGAGACACAUUUGGCUAAUGUACACAUGCAGAAACAGUGCUGAUGACCUGGUCUCAUGGAGUACAGACUUCAUUGGGGAUUGCUCCAAACAUUCAAUGUGAAUCCAUGGCAUGCCUCACACUCUAACCACAUCUGGUGUCAAUAUGAAGAAUUUUGGAGACAGCGAUGGGCUUGGAGCAUCGCUUCUUGAAAUAAAGUGUAGCUAUUACUUUAAUGUGAUAUUAGAAUGCUGAACAUUUAAGAAUGGCCACAGUGAACGCAAACCCACUGCUAAUUGAAAUAUUCUAGUUCAGCGGUUCUCAAACUUCCUUACAGCGUGACCCCCUUCUGAGAACAAAAGUUACUACGAGACUCCAAGAGGGGGGACCAAAGAACAAACCUGCCUGAGCCCCGCCACCCAAGCCCCACCAUCCUGGGUGGGCUUGGGGGGCCAAACCUGAAGCCCAAGGGCUUCUGCCCUUGGGCAGAAGGCAUGUAAUUUUAGCCCUGGGCAGUGGGGCUUCGGCUUGAGACUUGUUGGGGCUCAGGGCCAACACCAGCCUUGGUGACCCCAUUAAAAUGGGGUUGUUACCCAGUUUGGGUCCUGACAGUUUGAGAACCCCUGUUCUAGUUACUACAUAAAAACACUCCUCCUCCUGCCAUUAAGACUAAUUCCGCUGACAGGCCCCAGCCUACUUGAGGCUUCUCCUACAUAGUCCUAUUUCUGUCACAGCACAAAAUGGACACGAGCAAUGAAUCUCAUUGGAAUGAAGGCAGUAGGUAAGAAACUAUAUAUACGCUUUUUUAGAUUCAUGAUAUAAUGUAUUACAAGGACUGAAUGGUAUUGGGGAUCAGCAUAUAACUGGCCUCCCUGAAAUUACUGGUUGAAAUCCAGCCUCGAUUAGUAAAAAAAAAAAAAAAAACUACCAUAACAGUUAUUUGGUGAUCUGUGUGAAAAUAAUUUGAGUCUCACUGAGUCUGGCUCCUGGUUGAUGAAAAUACCUGGUCACAAAAGGCAAUAAAUGGUAUCUACAGCAGAGAUGCCUAAAUUCAACUUGUGAUAGAAACUGAACAGUUCUCUCAUUCCCUAGAGAUGGAUCAUUCCAAGUCAGGACUGGGGAACACUGACAGCACAGGAAGCCCAUAAUUAGUUGCCCUUGCUAUACAUUUUUUCAAGAUCCAAAUUUCUUGGUCAAGGUAUAGUCAAGGUCCAGACUCCAGAAAAGAAAA